GUAUAUAAAUAGGUGGCAAGUUCUUGCUCGCAAAGCUCUACAUAACAAGAGCACCAAUCUGCCUUGCUCCGCUGUGAACUGUGUCUGCUCUGAUUUUGGCCACAAUGUGGAAUGUAAUAUUUCUUGUCAUCUUCAUGAUGACCCAGGAUGUGUCUGCACAAGGACCUGCAGUUGGCAGAAAAUGUGAAAACGAUUGGGCAAGAUUUGGGAGAACCUGCUAUAAAUACAUCGCUGAAGAAAAAACUUGGGCUGAGGCAGAGGAAUAUUGCAUUUCCUUAGGAGGAAACCUUGCGGCUAUCCACAGUAGUCAAACACAAGAUUUUCUCAAGAGGUUAGGCAGAAGCAAAGAUGGCACAUACUUUCGAACAUGGAUAGGUGCUUAUGAUGGCGCUCAGGAUUUUGUUUGGUUUUGGAGUGAUGGAUCUAAAUUUGAUUUCAAAGCAUGGCACUCUGGGGAGCCAAACAACAAAGAACGGGCUGAGAAAUGUUUGGAAAUGAACUACGGAGAUGAAGUCCUCUGGAAUGAUGCCCGCUGUAGUACCAAGCUAUACUCUGUGUGUCAAACAGGAGCAAAAGUUAGUUUUUCCUCAUCUGAAGAUUAACUUGGAUUUGUCAUUGCUCUGUCAGCAACACCAUGAUCUCAAUAUAUUGAUACUAUUUGCUCUGGGUUUCAGCUGUAACCAGUGAAUGCACUAAAAAGUGUUUCCAUGAUUUAUAAAGAAGUUGGAUUAAUGAUGAUUUUUUGGAAUUGUUACACUUAAAUGAGUGUUGAUUGAAAAUAAACUCCAGCCAUAAUGAACUAUC